AUGGGAAAGCCAAAAUAUCUCAAGAAGAAGCAGGAGACAGCUGCGGCGGCUGAGCAGCAGCAGCAGCAGCAGCAGAAGUCGUCGGAGUCGCGGGGCAAUGCAGAGGAAAAGGAGCCAGAGAGUUCAGGGGCGAUGGUGUCUUUUGCGAAUCCCGUGUUUCGUGACGGCGUGAGCGACAUCCUCGUUGAAAAGAUUGAUGUUAGUUAUCAAGGUGUGUCCAUCCUGGAGAACGCGACGCUGAACCUGGUGGUGGGGCAUCGCUACGGUCUGGUGGGCUCCAAUGGAUGUGGGAAGUCCACAUUACUGAAGGUGCUCGGGUUUAACGAGAUCCCCUUUCCAAAGCACGUGGAUCGCUACUUUGUCUCACACGAGGUGGAGGCGUCGGACGUCACUGCGCUUGAGGCCGUGGUGUCUGUGGAUAAGGAAAAGGAGCACUUGGAGCGGGAGCUGGAGGAGUUGGCGCUUGCGGACCAGGAGGACGUGGCGGUGAACAUGCGCAUGGAUGACAUUUACAAGCGACUGGAUGAACUUGAAGCUGACACAGCGGAGGCGCGUGCGGGGAAAAUUUUGUUUGGCUUGGGUUUCACACCGGCGAUGCAGCAGCGUCCAACGAAGUCGUUCUCUGGUGGCUGGCGCAUGCGUAUCUCCUUGGCGCAAGCCCUCUUUAUUAACCCGACGGUUCUUCUGCUGGACGAGCCCACCAAUCACCUUGACAUUGAGGCCGUGGUGUGGCUCGAGAAUUAUCUAUCCAAGUUUAAGAAAAUCUUGUUUAUGGUGUCGCACUCGCAGGAUUUCAUGAAUAACGUUUGCACCAAAGUGGCUCACAUGGCCCGCGGCAGACUAACAUACUAUGAUGGCAAUUACGACCAGUUCUGCAUCACCCGCGCGGAGAAGGAGAGCAACCAGAUGCGUCAGUUUCAGUGGGAGCAGAAUCAAAUUAAAAGCAUGAAGGAAUAUAUCGCCCGCUUUGGUCAUGGCAGUGCGAAACUUGCUCGACAGGCGCAGUCGAAGGAGAAGACGCUUGCCCGUAUGGUGCGUGGGGGUCUCACGGAGUCAGUAGCCAAAGAUCGGCAGGUGAACUUUGGGUUUCCCUGCGCUGGCCCACUACCGCCGCCGAUGCUGCAAUUCCGUGAGGUUUCCUUUGCCUACCCUGGUCACAGCCCACUCUUUGAGAACCUUGAACUUGGAAUUGAUAUGGAGUCCCGCAUCUGCCUUGUUGGUCCAAACGGUGCUGGCAAGACGACACUGACAAAGCUGAUGUGUCGGGAACUGGAGCCAACGACGGGUUAUGUGGCCAAGAACGCACACUGCGUUAUUGCUCGCUUUCACCAGCAUUUUGUAGACCAAAUUGACAUGUCACUGACCCCGCUGGAGUGGAUGGGCCAAGAGUACCCCGCGGUCUCCGACCCAACUAUUUUGCGCAGCGCCCUAGGACGUUUCGGGGUGUCUGGCAAGCUGCAAAUGACACCCAUGUCCACGUUGUCGGAUGGGCAGAAGUCACGCGUGGUGUUUGCGUGGAUGGCCUUUAAAACUCCCCACCUGAUGAUCCUCGACGAGCCGACCAACCACCUGGAUAUUGAGUCCAUAGAUGCCUUGGCAGACGCGGUCAACUGCUUCGAGGGGGCCGUCGUGGUGGUGUCGCACGAUCUUCGUCUCAUUGCGCAGAUUGCGGAUGAGAUUUGGAUUGUGGACAAGGGCAACUGCCGCAAGUUUGACGGCGACAUUGCCGACUAUAAGGAGCACGUCCAGCGCGAGGUGAACCGCAUGACGGAGGACUACGCCACACGCAAGUAA